UAGAAUAUUUACCACCAGUUUCUACUACUGGUUUAUUACGUAAAGUUCGAGCUGCUAUUUAUUUGUCAAUGGAUGAGUUAUGGACAGCUCCAACAGACAUCGCCUUAGUUGCUGCAUUUCUUGAUCCAAGAUUUAAGCAUUUCAAUUGGACAACAACUGUUGAACAAAACAAAGCACAAAAGUUGGUGGAGGAUCUUUAUGAUGAGUUAAGGGUAAAUCUCUCUAUUCCUGAUGAUAUUGAAGAAGGUUUGGUAGAUAAAAGUUAUAAGGAUGAUGAUGGUAACUUUUUUCGUAGACUAGAAGCAGAUUUUACACAAAAUGAUGUAAGAGAGGAAAGUGAAAAAUACACCUUAGUAAUGUCUACAAUUGCAGAGAUCGGAUUUGCUUUAAAG